CCUCAAGAUGAACUACCAUUCCGUCUAUACAUUCGUUUUUACGAUGUUCUCCCAUGCACGUGUCCUUGUGUCCCCGCAAUAGAUUCGGGGUCAUAUAUGGAAGAUUCUGAGAAGGAAAGCAGCUCAGUAUAUGUGGAAAUGGAUACGGAGAUCGAAUUGUUCCUCGCUCGGGAUUACGGCACUCAGGACAAUACUUUUUAUACAGUCGAACCAAAAGAAUUUACUAUUGACGAAAAGUCCAGCGCUGCUCCGCUCGUGACGCUGUCAAAUGAGCCCAGGCCCCCGCCAUCUUGUGGGAUUUUGAUGAGAAUACUACCAAUAGGUAAAAUGCGGGGGCCUGACUGGUAUCGUCCUGAGCCUUCACCUCUGUUCGUACGUUUAAUGGCGGUCCCACUGUCGCCGAAGUUAUUAGUUCUUCCUACAAAAUUGCAGAUUCAAAUCUGUGCACUGGAUCUACCAGCGAACGACCUACUCAGAAUAAGAAAACAUAUCCGAGUCAUGAAUACUGGUUCAGGACGUCUUCAGACAUAUGCUGUUACUGAGAAGCCCUGGUUUCUCCGCAUUCCUCAAGAGCAGUGUUUUGCUAAGUGCAUAGGCUCAGGACUGGGUUCUCAUACGCUUGAUUUGGAUUUAUUGCCUAGUAGUUCUACAGAGAUAGCGGUUGAAGUCGCAAUAGUGACACAAGAUAUGUGGCCGAAACCAAGAGAAGACUAUGAGUCCUAUAAGCACGAUACUGCUGAAUUAAAAUUCUUUGAUGAACAGAACAUCUUUUUAAUGUCUAUGCCUUUGCACUUGAACGUAGAAUUUCCGAAGUUACAAGUGGAGCCAAGUAAAAUCGACUUCGGUUAUGUAAUGGACGGUGAUUAUAGGAAAACCUACUUCACGCUUAUGCAAACUAGUUCCACUAUAACGAUGGAAGUGGCUAUAGAAAGUUGUGGGGAUAAAGAGUACCGGAUAUGGCCGUCGAGAAUUACUCUAGCACCUCGCACACGAGAACGAGUCUACGUGCAAUUUAUUUCAAGAUGGCAGCUAUGGCCCGCAGAAAGCACAGUACAUAUACGUGCACACACCACGGCAGGCGUUUGGUGUAUGACUGUUGUGAAGCUACACGCGCAGUCCACACUCGAUCGCGCAACCCAUCUACCCGCACACGACUAUACUGAUGAUUCACACCUGUCUACGCAUUGA